AAAAAAAAAAAUAAUAAACAAAUAAAUAAUUGUAUUUAAUGAUAAGCACGCAAAACUUGAACUUGAAAUUAAAACGUGAAAAUUAAGAUUCUAUUCAAUGUUAACGGAUACUUUUUACAAGUCGGUUCAAUUUUUUUUGUAGUCUAUUGAAAAAUAAUCAAACAUAGCUUCUUGAUCAAUUUUCAGUCUUUAAUUUAAAAUGCGCAGAAUAAAUAACAAUUAAAUACUAAAACACGCUCACAGAAUUUUCAUGUCCGUUAUCAGUCUGGCUUAUAGUAGCUUAUAUAUCGCAGUUGAAUUUUCCCGUCGAUUUAGUUUGCAAUUCAAAGGAGAAAUAACAAGUAUUUAUAAAAAUGCUGUCUAGAGCAUUAAGUCCGCUAAUGAUUCUUCUGGGCUUUGCCGGGAUGAGCAACGCGCAAUUUGGUGACUGUGAUUAUGAGCAAACGAUAACCCCAGGAAAAUCUUAUUACAUAUUCAGCUCAAAUUAUCUAGGUGGGGGUACAGCCAGAAAUCCUUGCCGGUGGAUCGCUACCAGUGAUCGGCCGAUCAAAAUGACUUGUAAACCCUUUUCGUUGCCUGAGUCUCCAAAUUGCCAGUCCGAUGUUGUUAUUAUUCAAACAUCUCAAAAAAGUCGGGGUAAGCGCUACUGUGGCACAGGUUCCUUCGAUGUUUAUUCUGAAGAUGGUAAUAGCAUAAUUGUCUCAUCUUUUUCUUCUGUCGGACGAUUCUAUUGUACUCUUGAAACUGUUAGUAACAAUACCGAGUGCAGCUGUGGCUGGAAAAAUCCGACAAGAAUCGUUGGAGGGACAUCCACUGGUGUUAACGAGUAUCCAAUGAUGGCAGGACUUGUAGAUGCAUUGGGCCGAAUUGUAUUCUGCGGAUCUACUAUCAUAAAUACCCAACAAGUGUUGACAGCUGCACAUUGCGUCAAUAGUAGAAGUGCUUACAACAUAGGUGUUUUGAUCGGCGAACACGAUAUUUCCACAUGUAAUUUCAUUAUUUUCAAGAGGUUGUACAAAGUAGCCAGUAUCGUCAUACAUCCAUCAUUCUCCGACGUUACUCUGGAUUACGACAUCGCGGUGAUCACUAUUGAUGGUACAAUGAAGUUCAACCAACAAGUGGGCCCUGCUUGUCUUCCUUUCCAGCAUUCUCCGGACACUUUUGCAGGAAACUACGUCGACUUAGUUGGUAACUGGGGAUCUCUCAAUUUCGGCGAAGAUACAUCUCCUGUAUUGCAAAAGGUGAAGGUUAGUGUCAUCACAAAUAAAAUUUGCAUGGAAACGUAUCGCGGAAUCGGAUCAAGACAGCUCUGUACUUUUAUGGAAAACAAAGACAGCUGUCAAUUUGACAGCGGUGAUCCCGUUUUGUGGCAAAAUCCUGCCACCAGAAGAAUUGUUCUCAUUGGGAUGGUCAGUUACGGCAGUUCGUGCGCUGGAGGAUUACCCUCUGUUAACUCUAGAGUUGGAGCUUUCAUAGAUUGGAUAAAAUCACAAGCUCCACAAGGUCACCGAUACUGUGAAGAAGAAUAA